AAAUGGAGGGAAAAACGACGUUACCAAUAACAACAACAAUAAAUGACGAAUUUACCCCUAAACACAAUUAUAUCGCAAUAUUUCUCGAUUCGCGCAUGUUUCUCUCAAGUAAAUAAAAUAAAAUAAAAUCCCCAAAAAAUAUUAAAAACCCUUUCUCUUCCCACUUUCACAUCCAAAGCUAAACCCUUGAGGAAGAAGAUCGUUUAGUGUUCGUCUCUUCCUUCUCUACCGAUCCAACAAUGCUAAUCUCCGGUGAAUCUCCGUCGCUGAUUCGUUAAUCUUCCUCCGUCUCUCUCGCUUUUCCCCCUCUGAUUCCUUCCGUUUCUCCGUCUGAUUUUCGCUGGAGCGCGCUUGAUAUUAUAAUUUCUCCGGGGUCUCUCUAUAUGACUGAGAUUUGAGAACAUUGUGUCAAAAAUUGAAGAGAUGUUUGAAACCAAAAAGAAAAAGGGUUUUGAUUUAAACGAGUGUGCUUCAAUUGAAGAUUUCAGUGAAUCUGAGCGUGAAACUGAUAGCUUGGUUGAUGAUGUGAUGGAGAGAACUCCGAAAGAUGGUAACGUGGAGAAUGUUAGUGAGAUUAAGGAUAAGAAAAAAGUGAAGGUUAAGCCGAUUGAGCGUGAAAUUCUCAUUACGCGGCGGGUUCUUCGCUCAGGCUCUGUGGCAAAGGAUCUGGUAAAGAGUGAUAAACAUUGUAAGGCUGUGAAAAAGAAAGGAAAGUGUGCUGAUAAGGGUGACAAGAUGGGUAAAGUUAGUGGCAGAAGUUCUGUUGAUGAGGUUAGAGAAGAAGUGGAACAUGAGCAUUUGAAAUCUCCUGUACCUGAGGAGAUUUGUGGAGAUGAUUUUGGAAGUCAAGUGAAAGUGGAAUCUACGGAUGACAGAUCAGAUGAUGGAAAUGGGAGUUUUGAGCCCCAUGGAAAAGAAGUGAAAGUUCAACGCAAAAGAGGAAGGCCUCGAAAGUUUGGGAUCAGCAGUCAAUCUGAUGAUAACGGGUCAAUCUCAAACUGUAAACUUGGGACAUCUUUAGAUAAGAAGGAAGAACUGGUAAGAGAUGAUAACGAUGCGAAACUUAUUGGCGGAAGCUGCUUUAACAAGGAGAAAGUAGAAGUAAAACUUGAGCACGGGGAAUAUGCUGAAGCUAAAGAGAUUCCUGGACCUGAUUUUAGGAGCCAGGUUAAGAUUGAAACCAAGGAUGAUGAAUGUGGUGGGAGUGUCAAGCCACAUGAUGAAGAGCUGCAAGUUAAACGUAAACGGGGAAGGCCUAGAAAGUUGCAGAUCAGCAGUCAAUCUGAUGAGAGUCGCCCUAACACAAACUGUAAACUUGCGAGAACUCCAGAAUUAAGCAGCCCGUCGAGUGUUGACAGGAUCAGUUUGAGUCGUCGGCGUGGUAGACCCUCUAAGACCAAGGAGACGGCGGUUGGCCUUUACAUAGAAAAGGACAAUGUCAACUGUAUGCAUGGGAGCCCCCUAAUAAUGCCUGACCAGAGUAUGAGUGACUCUAUUGAUGAAUCCAGGAGAUCAAAAAGAAACUGCAGGGCUAAGGGACCUGAAUCUGAUGGAAAGAAGAUGGUACGUAAGCGUGGAAGACCUCCAACACCACAGAAAAAGAGGAAAUCGGGGAUGACAGAUGAAUCAGUUUGUAAAGAAAAGAAGAGACUGAAACUUUGUGAGAGUCCCUUAGAGUCACAGAACAACAAUUCCUCAAUUGAUGGCGAAAGGAUGAUUGGGGAACAACACAAUAAGCAAACUGAAGCUGGAACACAAUCUAGAUCAAAGUCUAAGAAAAUGCUGAGUGACCGAAUACUGCAGUUACUUCUAGCUGCUGGUUGGACUGUCGAAUAUAGGCCCCGAAAUGGGAGAGCUUAUGAAGAUGCUGUGUAUCUUAAUCCUGAGGGAAAGACUCACUGGUCAGUGACUAAGGCUUAUCAAGUUUACAAAAAACAUUUGGAAAGCAGCAUGAAUGAUCAAAUGAACUCUACCACUGGUUCUGGUUGUGGCUUGCUACCAGAAGAGGACCUUCACCUAUUAGGGAGAAGAAUUCAGAAAAAAAGGAGCGAUACAGGUAAGCAUAGGCCAAAACUGAAGGACAGAGAUACUAAUGAAAACGUGGUUUCAACAAAGGGAAGGGGAAAACGUUCACUACAUGGAAACAGAUUGCUGAAGGGAAUAAUGCAGAACAAACGAAAAGGGGAUCAUGGAUACCACAACGUAGAAAGAAUUUCGGUGUCAGUCAGAAAAAUAAAGAGGGAAGAAAAACAUAAUAGAAAGCGUUGUACUCCGUCAGCACGUAGUUCUUUAGAGGAUGCAGAUGCCAAGGACGGUGGGUACAUUUUAUUUGAAGGGAAACGCACCAUGCUGGGUUGGAUGAUUGAUUCAACCAUUGUGCCACUUAACGGAAAAGUUCAGUGCAUGGACUGCAAGAAGACUGACAUGCUUCUUGAAGGAAUAAUUACAAAAGAGGGUAUUCGAUGCAACUGCUGCGAUGAAGUGUUCUCUGUUCUUGAUUUCGAGGUUCAUGCUGGAGGGAAGCGCAACCAGCCAUUCAAAAGUCUGUAUUUAGAGGGUGGGAAUUCUCUCUUGCAGUGCCUCCAUGACUUUAUGAAUAAACAAAGUGAAUCACAACAUAAAGGAUAUCAUUUUGUGGAUUUUUGUUCUGGAGAUCCAAAUGAUGAUACGUGUGGUAUUUGUGGGGAUGGGGGAGAUCUUAUCUGCUGUGAUGGGUGCCCGUCAACAUUCCAUCAAAGCUGCUUGGACAUAAAAAAAUUCCCUUCUGGUGCCUGGUAUUGUUGCAACUGCUCAUGCAAAUUUUGUGAGAAAGUUGAGGCAGCUAUACAUGACACUUCAGCUCUACACUCCUUAUCGAGUUGCCGCCUAUGUGAAGAGAAAUAUCACCAAGCAUGCAUCAACCAAGAUGGCACAGUGCCUGGUGAAAGGAGUACUGAUUCAUUUUGUGGAAAGUAUUGUCAAGAGUUAUUCGAGGAACUUCAGUUACUCAUUGGAGUAAAACACCCACUGCCUGAGGGCUUUUCCUGGUCAUUCCUUCGCCGCUUUGAGCUCCCUAGUGAGGUUGCCGAUUGUGACAUAUCUGAGAAGAUUGCAUAUAAUGCCAAAAUGGCUGUUGCAUUUUCUGUUAUGGAUGAGUGCUUUUCACCUUUGGUUGAUCACAGGAGUGGUGUCAACCUGCUUCAAAACAUUGUUUAUAAUUUUUGGUCGAACUUCCAUCGGCUAAAUUUUAGCAGUUUUCUCACUGCUGUUUUGGAGAGGGGUGAUGAAAUCAUUGCUGUGGCGUCUAUCAGGAUCCACGGCAAUCAACUGGCAGAAAUGCCGUUUAUCGGAACCCGCUAUAUGUACAGGCGUCAAGGGAUGUGUCGUCGACUAAUGGAUGGCAUUGAAUCUGCGCUCGGUUCUCUCAAAGUAGCCAAGUUAGUCAUACCAGCAGUGCCAGAACUGAUUGAUACAUGGACUUCAGGCUUUGGCUUCACGCCUGUUAAUGAAUCAGAGAAAAAAACAAUUAAGAAUCUGAACUUGUUGGUGUUCCCUGGUGUAGACAUGUUGGGGAAAUCAUUGGUGAAGGAGCAGAUCACUGACUCAAUUGUGUCCUCUUCCAAUGUUGAUAGCUGUUUGAAGUUAAGGAAUGUAGAAGAGGGGGAUAAUGGAACAGAGAAUCUGAAGUUAUUUAACGAGUCCGUGGAGGAGAAAGAAGAGAUUAGGAAACUGACAGAUAUAGACAUCAAUUCCCUUCCCGAUGAAGUUGAUGAUUCCCAUGCGGAUCAAACUGAUAUAAAAAGGCACGAAAGUGGUGAUUUAGAAGAUAAGACGCCAUUAUCUGAUGAUGGCUGUGGAGGUAAAGCUGAGGGUACUGAGGAGUCAGAUCAACAACCCGAUUAUAACAUGAUAGAUCAUUCCCAGCCACUUGGUAAUGGUGGUACAGGGGAAGAGAUUGUCAACAAAAACUUAACGCUAAAGAGAGAAGUGACUACCACAUUGCGAACAUCACCCCGACUGAUUCAAAGAUCGUGGAGAACAUCGCGGGUGAACCAGAAGUACACAGGUACUACUAAUGCCGUAUUGCUCGACUCUCCACACCGGUGUGUCUGAGGCUCAUUGCAUAGACAGAGCUUUGGUUGUUUUGUGCAUAUGACCAGUCUAACGCAUUUUGUCUAAAGAUAGCUCUUUUGCUAUUUCCGGGUGACAACGGAUAGGCGCAGUUGAAAGAAAAGUAGUUAGAAUUCUAAUAUCAGUGCUUAGUAGUUUCAUUAGUGACACAUUGAGCCAGAGGUCAGUAACCUUGCAGUGCUCAAUGCUUAUUAGACUUAAUUUUUGGGUAGUAAACAAUUUCUUUCAUCUGUAUUUGUAAUAUCAAAUAUUUGAGCUGCUUCAUCAUAUUAUCUAAUGUUGAAAAUUCCUUUUUAGCUA